AUGAUUUCGGUCAGUUAUGGUCAAAACGUUUUAAAAGUAUUUAUACUUCUUGGUUUGAUGUGCAAAGUGUUUUCCACAGUGCCAGCUCCAUUACCAACUACAAUUGAUCAUGGCCUGGGUGGACAUAUUAACUGGACCACAUUGGAUAAAGGAAUAGAAGAUAGCGUCAAAACCAGGAAGCCAAUCAUGAUGAUCAUUCAUCAAACCUGGUGCAAAGCUUGUCGAGAUUUGUUGCCUAGAUUUCGAGCCAGCGAAUCGAUUUCUGAAAUGGCGCAAUAUUUUGAAAUGGUAAACGUAAUUGAUGAGGAAAUACCAGAAGACGACGCGUUUGCCCCCGACGGCGGCUAUUUCCCACGUAUCUUGUUUAUUGGGCCAGAUGGUGACGUAAGAACUGAUAUUCAAAAUCCGAGAGCGACAAAAAAGUUUUUGUUUUAUCAUUACGACACUGAUACAAUUGAACUUGCUAUGAUGAAGGCACUAAGAACAUUCUAUCAAUUUUCGGACGACGAUGAUGACGUUGAAUUGUAA